CAUGUUUCAGAAGGACAGCUGUACGCGGCGACAGUGGCCGACUUCUCUGGCGGCGAGCCACUGAUUCACAGGGAGAAGAUACGUACAGAGCGCUCGGAUCUCAACCAGCUAAACGGACCGAAUUUCGUCAGCUCGUUCGCCUACGAGGAUUACGUUUUCUUCUUUUACCGAGAAACGGCCGUGGAGUACAUGAACUGCGGCAAGGCGGUGUACUCGCGGGUCGGUAGAGUGUGCCAGCACGACAAGGGCGGACCUCAUGCGUUCAGCGACAGAUGGACGAGCUUCCUGAAAGCAAGGCUCAACUGUUCUGUACCCGGCGAAUACCCUUUCUAUUUCAAUGAAAUACGUGAGUAUGCUUGCAUGUACACACGUACACGUGUGCUCGUAAGUUCAGGAGCUAUGACGUUUGUCGAGACCCUCGUCGAGUGCACUCUAGUCCUUAUGUGCCGGACAGAGGGGUUGGGCUACCGGUGUACUACUUUGCGCCGCUCUGCUCGUAUGUACGGGCACCGAUCAAAUAUAUGGCUAGGAUCGGCUAGCCAAUUUUACAAACAAACCGUAUUGUUACCCGUGGUCUGCAAUAUUCAUCGCACACCUCGUAUGUUUACCGAAUCCCUUACAAUGACUUGAAUGUGAAAUUUUUAUAGCGAUGGGUUUGCCAAAUACAUGGCUAGCCAACCAAUUUUAGAUGCAAACUGAUUGUUGUAAAAAGGCCUGCAGUAUUCAUCGGCCACUGUGAACAGCUGCAAUAUGCUCACAAUGACUAGAAUCUUAAAUUUCUC